AAUUAAGUAGCAUCUAUAAUCCAGUGCUAUGAUAUAAAAUUUGCACAAAUUAAACCGUCUCCUCAAAACAAUUAAAACAUAUUAAAACAGUUUUAAUUCAUCUCAUUAUUCUUAUACAGGUAAGAUAUUAAAAUUGUAAACGUAAGAUAUAAGAUACAAACAAGAAAAAAUUUAAAUUGAGAGAUGACAAAAUUAACCGUGUAUCCCGUUUUGAUUGUAGAACAAUUUUUUAAUGUUCACAGAGGUGUAAUCUAGUAAAUAUAUACCAAAACUUGGGGAUUAAAAGAAAGAUGGUGGAUAAAAGUAGCUUCACACUAUCUCAAGUAAAAAGUUUGGGCAAUGUGGUUUAUUUUGUGUAAAUAUGCAAUCUUCAUUUCAGUUAGUACAAUAAUUAUUUUUUAAACUCAUUUUAAAACUGAGGAUAAUCACAAAUUGACAACGUAUUAUUUCUAUCAACAUGGAAAACUCUCUUGUCAAUUUAGAAUUUUGUCAGAAGAUUCCUAAAGUAGAAUUACAUGCACAUUUAAAUGGAUCAAUAUCUCAAAAGACUUUACGAAAACUUUAUAAUUGUCAUAAAAACAAAGACGAAUUAUCAUUCAAGGAAGAUGACAUUGUGCUGUCUGGACAGCAGGAUCAUACUAAAGCAUUUAAUGCCUUCAGACUGAUUCACAGUUUAGUUGUCGAUAUUGAAAGUGUCAAGAUUGUUACAGGUGAUGUAAUAAAUGAGUUUUAUGAUGACAAUGUAAAGUAUCUUGAAUUACGAAGUACUCCUAAAUGUUUAUCCAAUUCAAGUAAGGAUGCUUACAUAGAAGCAAUUGUUGAUACAAUUCAAAAUUGUGUGACAUGUCACGAUGACUUGACAGUAUUAUUUCUUGUCAGUAUUGAUAGGGGGAGAUCUAUCCAGGAAGCAGAGGAGAACUUGAAUUUGGCUUUAAAGUAUCACAAACUUUUUCCUAAAAUUGUAGUUGGUGUUGAUUUUAGUGGAGAUCCAUCAGUUGGAGAUGCAAAAGAUUUUAUACCUUACUUGAAAUCUGCACGAAAUAAUGGUCUCAAGGUUGUUCCUCAUGUUGGCGAGGUACAAAACCACAACGAAGAUCUUCUUGUUUUACAAUGUCAAGCAGAUCGUAUUGGUCAUGCUGUAUUUAUUCAUCCAAAACAUCAAGGCUCAGAAGAGCUAUUUGAAGAAAUUAGGAAGUUUAACACACCGAUCGAAAUUUGUUUAUCUUCCAACGUGAAGUGUGGUUUGGUGCAGUCUUUCUUUGAACAUCCAAUACAAGAAUGGUAUUCCUUACAACACCCAAUCAUUAUAUGCACUGACGACAAAGGCUUAUUCGAUACUUGUUUGUCAAAAGAAUACUCCAUUGCAGCGAAACUGUUAAACCUUAGCGAGAAGAAAAUAUGGGAGCUGUCCAAAGAAACGAUUAAUUACAUCAGUGCUUCUGAUGCUGUUAAAGAACGCUUGAGAAAGAUUUGGAAAGCCAUGGAACUUCAAGUAUUUGAGACAUAGAAAGUUGACGUAAAUGGAUUUUUUUAAUGUGAAUUUCUAUAAUUAAUUUCUGUUGAAUGUAAGCAUUUUUUAGAAAUGUAUUAUGUAUUUUAACUUUCAAAAAAUAUAGAGUCGUUAACCCGUGGAAAAAUCCACAGGUUCGGCCUUCUUUAACACGCUAUUUCGUGCGCCUGUUGCACGACACCUUUCUUGUGGACACA